AUGGAGCAGCAGACCAGUUCGCUGGUGCUGGCCCUGGGCGGCUUCAGCAUCGCGGAAACUGAGCAAUCGGAACUGCCAGCGCCUCCUGCUGCCACCGGUCACGCCCGCCAGGCCCGCCAGGUUGCGGCGGGCACUGCCGCUCUUGUAGACCAUGCCCGCACCAUCGCCAACAGGGCCCUGGAACGCUGGCAGGAGGCGGGUAGCGACAUGCUGGAACAGGAGGGGGAGGCGCUGGCGUCGCUGUGCUUUGCGCUGCAAGCCAUGCUGGGGCCCUCGACGCGGCUGGCAGACGCCGACGAGCGCAACCUGUUCGACCUGGCUUCUGCGCUGUGGGGCGCCAGCCUGCAAGCGCUGUCGGCCGGCGGCGCGGCCGAGGCGGCCAGCGCGCCACUCGACCGCAUGGGCAGCGACCUGUUUGCGCUGGUGGACGGCGACAGCGACGCCACCCAGGACUGCGCGCGAUACGUGGCCUACUUCAGCGCCGCUGCGCGCAGCUGGGCGGCGGCAGGGCAGCGGGAGAAGGCCGGGUGGUGUGUGCAGCGCGCCAUGCGCUACUCGCAGCAGCUCGAGGCGCUGGUGGGCAGCGAGGAGGUGGGGGUGGAGCGCAAGGAGGGCUAUGUGGUCAGCCUGUUCAACCUGUACAUCGAGGCAGCCAAGUCCUCAGCCGACAACAAGCAGCAGGCUCUGGCCACCAAUCUGCUGAGCAGGGCGGUGCAGCUGUCGCGGCACGCGGCGGUGGGCCCGGAUGCUGCGGCGUGCUGCGCCAUGGCGGUGGCCGAGCUGCAGCUGGAGCAGGCGCGCCACAUGUUUGCCAAGGGCGGCACCAUGUGCGGCCUGGCAGCCGCUCUCCUGACCAGCAGCUACCAGCAGCUGACCACGGGCGACCUGCAAAGCGCAUGCAUGGGUGGCGGCCCGCAUGCCGCGGGCCUGAUGUAUGCGAAGAAGCAGGUGCUGGCGCUGCUGUGCAAGGCGCACCUGGCCAGCGGGGAUGCGGGGCUGGCAUCCAAGGUUCUGGACGCGCUGGAGGGGGAGGCGCCUGGGGCGGCGGCGGCUGACCCCGGCAUGCAGCUGGUGUAUGUGGAGGCCAAGGUGGGGGCUGGGCGGGUGCCUGAGGCGCUGCGCUUCCUCAUGGCGCUCAUCCAGAAGCAGCAGGCGGACCCGGCAGCUGACGCCGCACCCGGGGCUGCUGACGCGGCGGCGGCCACCUUCCUGGCCGGCCUGCGCCUGGCGCUGCGCCACAUCAGCGACGACACGCUGCCCAGCUUCCAGUCGGCCGUCAGCGCGUUUGUGUGGCGCGCCACCGCAGCAUCCCCGCCCACGCCGCUGCUCGGCCUGGGCAGCGAGCUAUGCCACAGGCUCGCGCUGCAGGUGCUCGGCAGCGAGGACGUGUCGGCCGCCGCGCACCGCGAUGCCGCCGUGCUGGCACAAGUCCACGGCCUGCUGUUCCACCGUGCCGCCCACUGCCUAGAGGCUGGCAGCUGCUCUGCCGCCAAAGAGCUGUUCGGCGCGGCCCUGCAGUUUGCCAGGCCGGAGGCUCGCGCCAAGAAUGCGCGCGCGCUGGCGGUGUGCCACAGCCGGCUGGGCACGCACCAACGUGCGGCAGAGUACCUGGCCAUCGCGGCCAGGCACGAGCAGCAGCCCAGCAGCCUGACGCAGCUGGCGCGCCUGCAGGCGCUGGCGGAGACGGGGGAUGCGGUGCAGGCCGUGGCAGCCAUCCGCAGCCUCACCUCCUGCCUCGACUUCCACCCCUCCCUCAUCGCCGCCAUGUGCCAAGCUGCGGCCAAGGCACAGCAUCCGGCAGUAUACAAGGAGGCCCUCAGCUCAGCUACACAGCUGCUCAUCAAGCCUGAGGCGGCCACCAGCUCGCUGCCAGCCGGCCAGGAGGCGGCGCUGCUGCUGGGUCUGGUGCGUGCCAUCGAUGCCUGCCUCAGGGCGGCAGCGCCAGCGGCAGAGGCGGGCACAGGGGCGCCAGCAGGUGGCAGCAUGGCAGCGCUGUAUGGCGAGCUCUUAGCAGGCGUCAAGCUGGUGGCCAGGCGGCUCAAGCUGCUGGGCUGGCGCAAGUUUGUGGGCGCCUCACAGGACGAGGCCAGCACUGUGCAGGCCAUCUGCGCCACGGCCUACAACCAGCUCCUGGCGGCACAGCAGCACGGCGCACACGAGCAUGUGGUGGCCCUGGCGACGACCCUGUUCCAGCUGCUGCCGCUCGCUGACCAGCAUCUGCGGGUGGAGGCCACCGGCGCGGCGCAGCAGGCGCGGGUGCUGAUGCUGGCGCAGCAAGCCCUGCUGGACCUGCAUGCUGUGCAGUCAGAAGGCGGCCAGAAGCUGGCGCUGGCUGCCAAGCUGCAGGCUCGGCUGGCCCAGCACAUGCCCUGCCUGGCCCCGGAGCAGCAUCCCCAGCUGCACCUCCUGCACCACAUUCUGUGCCUGGAGACAGCUGCCCGGCAGGGCGACGGCGCAGCCCUGCUGCAAUGCAUCAGCAAGCUGCAGGCGCACGCCGGCCAGCUGACGGCUGCACAGCGUGCCAGCAUUCUGAGCACCGUUUGCAGCCAGCACAGCAUGGUGGUGCAGGAGGCUGCUGCUCGCCUGCUGCUGGACAGCAUGGCAGCUGAUGGCGGCCUGCCUGCCAUGUCGCUAUUGCCCGCCAUGCUUGGCCAGCUGUCGCUGUCUGCUGAAAUGCGACUGCGCGCAGUGUGCCGCUGCCGCCAGCUGCUGGCCGCCAUGCCUCUGGAGAGCCGCGACUCAAGCUGGAUACAGUGCACUGAGUGGCUGGCAGUGCAUGCCUGGAACGAAGGCACCAAGCUGGCACGAAGGCACUCAGCUGGGCGCAGUGAGCAGACAGCAGAGCUGAUCAGGGCAGCGGUGCAGCUGCAGGAGGCAUGCGCGCCGGGAGGUGCUGAUAAGCUGCGCCGAAUGCGAGCAGCGGUGGCGGCAGCGGGCCUAGACGAUGGCGCUGUGUCUGCGGCAGGGGCCAAGGUGGCAGAGGGCGGCAUGGUGGUGGCGGCAGCGAUCUCUGUGGCAGCACGUGCGGGACAUGUGGUGCAGGACAUGAGCCCACAGCCGCCCAUUGCUGCUGCGGCAGCUGCCUGCCAGGCACCACCGCAUGCCGCCGCUCUGCCCGAGGAGAUGGCUGAUGCGGCAGCAGUGCCAGGACCUGCUGCUUCCGAUGCUGUGCUGCCCACGCCGGCAUCAAUGUCGGCGGAUGAGGAGGAUGGGCUGUCAGACAGCGACGGCGAGGGCGAUGCUCCUGGCGGCGGCUGGCUGGCCUCCAUGCUGGCUGCCCACAAGCGGGCGCUUGGCGAUGCCGGCGAUGGGCCGGCCAAGCGGCAGGCGGUGGCGGGACCUCUGGGCCGCAGGGCAGCAGCCCCCGCCUCCUUUCCCAGCCGGCGGCAGCGGGGCCCUCCUGAGCAGCCGGCGCCAGCAGAUGUCGACGGCGCUGAUGCUCUGAGCCUGGCCGACAGCAUGCCAGGUGGCUUCAUGGCGCUGUGA